UGACAUUGUCGACGAAAUGUGGGUGAACUUCAAUAAAGUAUUAUCAACAGCUGGUUUUAUGUCUUCAGACUGUCGCUAUCGACUCCAUGGAGCAGACCAGAUUACCAGAUGGCCAACAUUUUGCCAAGUUCCUGGUCUUAUCGCUGCACUUUCUCUUGUCACAAGGAUCACCGAGACUGACAAUACUCAACUCAUCAAAUUAUUUUGUUUUUGAGGAAGACACGGAAUCUGAGGUCCAAUUUUCAGUAGAGGAUGCCGAGAAGGACAAAUUGUCUUACAAAAUCUUCAUCAAUCAUAAGCCUGUAGGAAGAAACAUCUCGCGUUUAAAAUGUUAUUUGAGCAAAACCCCGGAUGCCUGUAGUUCAAGCAGUACAGACUGUGAGUGUCUGGAACAGACUCCUGAACAUGUGUACAAGCUGAAGAAACACAUGCAGGAGGAUGAUGGAGGAGAGUGGAUCUUUGUCCUCAACGGGAAAGGAAUGACAGAGCAGACUGCUAUCAACAUCACUGUCUUGUCACGAGGAAGAGUUGCCAUUAACACUACCGAGGUCGUCAAAUCAAGAAAAGGUGAGUUGGAAUCAGUAUGA